UAGAAAUGCUACUCAACUGGAACGAGCAUCUUAUCAAAGAGAAGGACAAAAAUGACAGUACCCCACUUCACCUUGUGGUUUCGGCGCAGUAUGAACCAUAUGUUCGUAGAUAUGGCUUUCGUGUCCCCGAUGUCUUGUUUCCGAUGAAAAAACUCGCAACAUGGCGCGUACUCAAUGCUAACACAUCUGCAGCGUACCAGCAGGAUAUUAAUGGUUUAUAUCCUGUACACAUCGCUGCCUUGAUGAAUAGGCGGGUCGCCAUUGCUAUUCUGCACAGAAAAUGCAGAGGUUGCGUCGGACUUCGUGAUAAGCAGGGAAGAUCCUUUCUUCAUAUUGCUGUCCAGUACAAGAGCUAUAAUGUAGUAGGAUAUGCUUGUGGAGAAUCAGAGUUUGCAUCGAUGAUGAAUUUCCGGAACAACGAUGGCAACACCGCACUACAUCUAGCUGUGGAGGUCGGGGACAUUUGGAUUUUCUGUCGUCUCCUCAGAAAAUCAGAAGUAUUAUUGAAUUUAAGGAAUAAGAAAGGUGAAACUCCACUGGAUCUAGCAUGGAGCAAGAGGCAAGAGACAAGCUUUUCCUAUGGACGGAAUCCGGAGAAUGUGAUACACAGCACACUCAAACUUGCCGGAGCUGUGCAUGGUAGCUUUUGGAGAGACUAUCUUGAACAAAUUCACAUCGGAGAGCGGAAGCCAACAAAAGAAGAUGAAGAGAAAGAGGAAAAGAAAGAUAAGAAAGAUUCAGCUAAACUGACAGAUGCGACCCGAACACUUGGCAUUGGUUUGGUGCUCAUCGCAUCGGUGACAUUCAGUGCCACAUUCGCCGUCGCUGGAGCAUUCAAAACCUCCGACAAUAAUGACGGUGGCACACCAACAACUCAUAAGUGGUAUUUCAAAGCAUUCAUUUUCGCUAACACAUUGGCUUUCAUCUGCUCCGCGGCAGCUACUAUUAGCCUCAUGUACUCCGGCAUGCCCAUGGUUAAAUUGCAAAUCCGCCGUAGGCACUUUCAGACAUCUCUGAACUUGGCUACUAGCUCACUCAGUUGCUGGGCUGUUGCCUUCACAAUCGGCGUAUACAUGGUGCUGGCCCCAGGUGGUCGUGUAACUGCCAUUGCUAUAUCCGUCAUCAUUCCUAUUGUGACGCUCUACCUAUAUAUGCAAGAACUAUUUCUAAAGAUGUCUGCUGUUAGACAAUCACUGAUUGCCAGGAGAAGGAUACCAUCCUACGGUCAAAGAAUGAGGGUGUGGAUAAUAAGCACGUUCUACGCAGGCAGAGGCAGGUAAUGCAACGGAAUAGCUACGUCAGGUCCUCCCAAGCAUUUCUUUCCCAAAAUGAAGAGAGGAAGUUUCACUAUAUCUCGAUGUCUUCAGGUUGUCAGGCACCCUAUGCUGCUGAGUUUUACUGUUUUUGUUGCCGGGCAUGAACUGUUGCUGUCAUGACCCGGAUGUGUUUGUGUCGUUUAGACCUUUUCGUUUUAUCUUCCUAUAUAAACCUCUAAGUACACACUGCUGGUUUCAUUAAUGAAACUGGGAUCAGCCUGGCUCCUUUUACUCUAAAAAACUAUAUCUCAAUGUAAAACGUGUACUUAUUAUAA